AUGACCCUGGGGAAGCAGCGCUCUGCUUCCGAUCGGAGUGUGCCAAUGCAGGCGUUCUCGUUUGUUCCCCCUAACCUGGGCCCCGCAGAGGGUCAAAAAAUUAUGAGAGCUUGCAAUGGCUGCCGCAAACGGAAGAUCAAAUGCGACGCUGCAACUACCAAUACUUGGCCUUGUUCCGCGUGCACUCGGUUGAAACUUGUUUGCAUCCCCCCAACCAUCGGCCACGAUGGCGAUUUUUCAUCCCAUGGCCAAAUUUCUGAACCUAGUCAACAGCCACCGCCAAUGAGUGUGCUUCAUUCCGCGGAUUUAAACCCUUCCUCCCAGAACAUAUCUCAUCAAUCGCUUCUUAUUGAUAGGGCACAUACCCAAAAUAUGGGCAGCGGUCGAGCCUACAAUGAUGAAUCUCGGCUGUAUCAAGCCCAACCAUAUAUAGAACAUGUGCAGAACCCCCAGGAUCUAUAUCAGCACCUCGCUCCAUCUCACCUUCUUCCCCUUCAACAUAAUGACACAUUUCAACAUAACACCGACCUAUAUACUGCUUCACCACCUAAUACACUCCUGACAACUAUUGACGCUCCAUCGUAUCCGAAGUCUGAACAAUCAAAUGCAGAAGAUCUAAGUGAUGCACUUGGAGAUCUCAAAAUAGACGAAAGUGGCGUUGCCGCUUAUAUCCGGCAGCCGCGAAAGGGCGAAAGGGAUCCGGAAGUUCCAACCGCAGAGGAAGGCGACGCGAAACUGCCACCAUGUAUUUCGACCUCUGGUGCAACUAUUCGUAUUCCACCUGAAUUGAUGCCAUCGGAUGAUGAAGCCAUGGAAUAUUUCGAUAUAUACUUUACCCAUAUUCACUUUUACGUACCUGUUGUCCAUCGAGGCCACCUCUAUCAGCAAUGGCAAUCUGAUAAAACAUCCAUAUCGCCCCUUCUUUUAGAAGCCAUAUUUGCUUGUGCUGGAAGGAUGUCAGAUGAUCCAGCGCAAGGAGCACAAUGGCUUGCACUAGGCAAUAGGCAUGAAGCGGCAUUUAUGGAAGCUCCUCGGUUGAGUACAAUCCAGGCUUUAUUACUUUUACUGAAAGCUAGAGAGGGCUCACCGAAGAAGGGCUACUUCUACCGCUCGUGGCAGACGGUUAAGACCAUGGUAUCCAUGGCGAAGGAUCUUGAUCUUCAUGAACACCACAGCUACCACGCUGAAGGACUACCUUGCGGUCUUGAUACUGUUGAGUGCCUCGUCCAAACCAGAGUAUGGCAAACCCUUUUGGUGGUCGAAACAAUGAUCGGUGGUCCUCAAGGGCGCUCGGAUUUUGGAGUUGAUCCAGAUGCGGUUGAAUACUCGACUACAUUGGAUAUUCCCAAUUUAGAUGCGUUUGAGAUCGAAAGGUCUAGAUUAUUUGCUUAUUUUAUACGCAAUGUGCGUAGCAUUCGUCUAAUCACAGAUUCAUAUCAUAAGCUCAAGAAACAACCAGACUGGGGUGCCAAUCCCCGAUUUAUAGAAAACAACACCCUAAUCCCCGACUGGCUCGCCAGCCUUCCGGCUGACUUGCAGGUCACAUAUCCACAAGAUGGGUCACCACCAUGGCUGCCGUCUCAUCUUGUGGGUAAUAUGCAUUCCCAUUUUCACCUUUCCAUCAUAAUCUUACAUCGCCCUCAACUUCUUGCUUCGAAAUCUUUCGCGGCUGGUGGGAAAUGGAGAACUCAUAUGGUUCUCUGUUAUAACUCUGCAAAAAAACUGUGUCGACUACAGGAAGCGAUUGUACGGUCUUUUGGUUUAAACGGCUUGUUUUACAUGCAACGUGGCAUCAGUUUUACCGUGUAUGGCAUUUUGACCUGCACGAUGUUGCAUCUCAUUGCGAUCACCUCCCCUGACCCCGAGCUUAACUCUGAUGCGAGGAUAUAUUUUACCCGCCAUAUGCGCCUUCUUGAACAAUGUGCAGCUGCGUGGCCUGUGCCUGAUUUACAAGAGUCAAUCAACCAACUUCGAUUGGCUUUUUCAGCGGAUAUUAACAAGCCAUUUGAGCUCAAGCGCAGUUUUCCCUAUGGUAGCCCGUCAGACCAAUAUCACCCCAGCCCUCCAAUGAACUCCCACUGCAUGUCCACCUCCUUUGCCGCAAGUUGCCCAGAACAGAAUCAACUCACAUAUGGAACCCACGCACUCACUCCCCCAAUCUCUGCUGAGGUUAAUGAUAAGCCAGACCCUAUACUACAGGAGUUGAUGCAUGGCCAUGACCAAAACCAAAGUCUUCUUAAUAUCCCAUUGGCUGAUAAUAGCAGCUGGGAUCCCACUCGAAUUAUCAAUCAAUGGGACCUAGCCUUUUCUGGAGGCGGAUCCAAUGCUUCAAGCGCGAAUUCGCCCCCUCCGUCGGUAACCAAUCCAUCACACAAUGACCAAAGCAUCCCUGCGCAAUACCACAUUCAAUUUUCCCAGACUGCCAAGAUGCCAUCGAUUCCUGCCCCUCAACCUAUGGUUCCGCCUACUUAUAGUAAUAUACAGCCGGUGAUUAGUGCGCGGGAUUGGCAGCGCAGCGUUGCUAGUGUGUACGACCCUCAUGGCUUGAAAAGGCGUUGGGAUCAUCAGUUACCUUUGGACCACAACCGCGGAUAA